GCGAACAGAGCCCAACCCUCUGCCAUGCAAGCCGCCCUGCCAUCGUCUUCACUUUCGGCUUCCAAGUCGGCCACCACAUUGUGGACGGCUCGACUGAUCGCCACACUCUGGAAACUUGCGGUCAGUCGCGCUCGCAAGCAGCGCGGACAAUCUCGUCCCACCGCGAAGACCUCCGACGUCUUGUAUUGUAAGGCCAGCCAAGUAUCAAGGCCAACGCCCCCAGAAGAGUCCGACGAGACCUCGAUCAUGCGUGAAGCUGCUCUCUCUGUGGUGGCGUCGGGGGUCGUUUCGCUAGCUGAUCUCGAGGCACUCACAGGAUACCAUUUCUCCGAAAAGAAUGGCGACGGAAUGCCCUCGAGCAACGACGACGACGCGAGCUCAGAAGCAGCCACGGAAGUGUCCGAAUGCUGCAGCAUUGCGGGCAGCGACCUGUCGGAGAGUACGCUGGACGAGGAAUUCACGGCGUCAAGCCCCGCCAGGAGAUCUAACGUUUGCAAGUUUCUUUCUCGUCGACGAACGGCGACGAAAUGGGUUCGCGUUGGAUAUGGCCGUUAUGUGAAGGUGCAGGAGUGA